CAGCCAUCAGCCACAUCGUUGACGUCGAAUCCAUAUCACACGACCCCAAGUAGCUACCAACAAAACAACACCUGCGAAUAUUCCUCAGCUUAGCCAGUCAGAACACACUGAGCUAGCUGAUCCCUCCAUCAUUCGCAUCGCGGCGCCAUGCCAUCGCCUCUGGACUUGCAAUUACUCCAAUUGCAGCGAUGCGAGCCACUCUCCGAGGCUCAGGUCCGUUCACUCUGCCUCAAGGCAAGGGAGAUCUUGGUAGAGGAAUCAAACGUACAGCAUGUAGAUGCUCCUGUCACCAUCUGCGGAGACAUACACGGUCAGUUCUGGGAUCUCAUCCAACUCUUUCAAGUAGGCGGCAAGUGUCCAGAUACAAGCUACCUCUUCAUGGGUGACUUCGUGGAUAGAGGCUUCUAUAGUGUCGAGACGUUCCUCCUUCUUCUCCUGCUCAAAGUACGCUACCCGGAUCGCAUCACCCUCAUUCGCGGCAACCACGAGUCCCGUCAAAUCACCCAGGUCUACGGCUUCUACGACGAGUGUAUGCGCAAGUACGGCAACGCAAACGUCUGGAGAUAUUGCUGCGAAGUAUUCGACUACCUCGCCCUCGCUGCAGUCGUCGAUGGACGUAUCCUAGCCGUCCACGGCGGGCUCAGCCCAGGCGUCCAGACCGUCGACCAGAUUCGCAGCAUCGAUCGUAAGCAGGAAGUGCCCCACGAUGGAGCGAUGUGCGACUUGCUCUGGAGUGAUCCAGAUGACAUCAAUGGCUGGGGGAUGAGUCCAAGAGGCGCAGGCUACCUCUUUGGCAAAGACAUCACCCAGUCCUUCACCCACAACAACGACCUCGACCUCAUCGCCCGCGCCCAUCAGCUCGUACUGGAAGGUUACAAGAUCAUGUUCGAAGAUUCCAUCGUCACAGUCUGGUCAGCGCCCAACUACUGCUACCGCUGCGGCAACGUGGCCAGCGUCAUGAAGGUCGACGAAGCGGGCAAUCGAAGCUUUGGCGUUUUCGAGGCCGCAGCCCAAGAAGCCAAUGGCAUCCCUGCAAAGAGGCCAGCGCCUCAGUACUUCCUCUAGCAAUCUCAGCGCAGCGACAACCACAGCCAGAUGGACGGAUGGACAGCCCAGUGAUCUUGAAACGUCACGAUACCAAACGAGAAGAGGAGACGAGAACCUGAG